AUGCUCGAAGUGAGUCAAUGACAAAAUGCAAAUUGUAUACGGCAAAGAAAAGUUGGACGGGAAAAGCAGGGCAGGGAUCAUCCGUAAAUGAACAAAAAGGGGAAAGCUAAAAAUAAACUAAUUGUGUUAGAAAACAUUUUUCGUAACUUGUCGCCAUUCGAAUUUUAGUUUUUUCUUCCAGGCGAUCGAUGACCUGGAAGAGCGAGAAGAAGCGGUCGCAUCGGUCGAAAGAGUCGUCGAACUGCUCGAAGAUCACUUUGGAUUCCCCGAACGGACGCGUGCUCCGGCCGGACAGCCCAAACUCGGACCCUCUCCUCACUUCACCUUUGAGAUCCAUGUACACACUCAUUUCCUUUCUUUUCAUCAUUCACAACACUCUUUUUCCAGGGAGAUGAACCCGAUAACUGGCGGUACGUGAUCAACUCGAUCCGCCAAGAAAUGGAUCGGGAAGAGGCGGCGAUCCGAGAGGCGCGGAAGCAAGACCUGAUUGCCGGGAAGCCGAAGAGAUCUCGGUUCACCGCGUGGUUCCACAAACGGUUCGGAACCCGAUCCUCUCCGUUCGCAUUCGAUAACAGUAAGGAACCGCUUGGAGCUUUCCCUAACAAUUAUUUUCAGUCCCGUACUGGACGAGCGACGAAGUGUGCGCAUGGCUCUCUUCGAUCGGAAUGUCCGAAUACGGAUCGACAUUCCGGAAAAACGACAUUCAAGGAUCCGAAUUGAUGCAUUUGGAACGGUCGGACAUUCUCGAGAUUGGCAUCAACAAAAUCGGACAUGUCAAGCGACUACAGGUACCCCCCAAGCAUCACAAAUACCUCUCAACACCGUCUUUUUCAGUCGGCCAUCCUAGAACUGCGGGCCCACAACCAACGGGCUCGACGAGCACAAGCCCGCAAGAAACGGCGAGUCGCGAAGGAUUACAAACCGGAAGCGGCGGCCGGCGGAAGCGCGGACAAGCGGAAGGAGUCGAGUGCGGAACGGUAUCCGGACGGGCAGCCGUCGACUUCCUCUUCCGCGUCGGCGCCGUCCGGAAAGAGCGGAACGACGCGGCGAAUCCCUCCGAAGGACGGAGAAUCGGCGCCGGCGGUGAUGCAGAAGGAUCCGUCGAGCAGCUGA